AACGAGACUUGCACCGACUGAUGUUACGUUAUUAACGCUACUAGAAGUGUUUAGUUAUUCAGUCUGAAACUUUUAUCUGUAUCGCUUAUCAUCCGACUUUCACUUUAUCUAGAAGUGCCUCUUUAUAUAUUUAUUUUAUCUCUCGAGGAUUUCUGAAUAUUUUUUCCUUGCUUUUUUUUUUCUUACCCCUUUCCCAAUUUUUUUUUUGUGUUAAAAAUUAAUUCUUUAAUAAUAAUAAUAAUAAUAAUACUAAUAUUAUCCAGUAACAAUUAACAACAAUCUAUAUUCAUUUAUUUAUCUAUCUAUCUAUCCACCUAUUUAUGGAUACAUAAUAUAUAAUUUACAUAUACAUAUAUUUACAUGUAUGCAAAAUAUAAAUAUACCAGUGACACGUGCUUGUCUGGCUAAUUGAAAUAGACAAAGAAAUAUAUAUCAACAAACUGACAGAACAUUGGAUUUGUACUGAUUUUUAAAUGACAACAACAUUAAUACAAAUGCUAUUAUAAUAACAAAGGAUAUCAGGGUGUCCUAGUAUCACAGAUACAUUUUUAGCUGGUUUAGAUUAAGACAUUGAAGUUUGCUGAAGCCUUUGUCUUGCCUUUUGAGGGGCCGAGGGUGAGUUAGUGGAGUUUGUUUGUUAAUCCGACGGAGUUCCUUUAUUUAUUUACUUUUUAAUUGCUGAAGUUGAAAUUUAAAACAAAAAGAUUGUCGACAACAACUGGGAUUUUUUUAAAAAGAAGCAAAGCAGAGAUAAAACAACAGAGAGGAAAAGGCAAUGGAACAUGUGAACAAUAGCGACUGGACAACAGAGAAAGAAGAUAUGCUAAGGAAUGACUACCCAUUACACUAUGCUUGCAGAGAAGGUGAUGUAGAUCGUUUGAGGCGGCUCUUAGAUGAGUAUACGGCAACAAUGACUGCUCCGAUAAAUCUUGCUCUUUCUAACUCCAUCAUGCUGAAAGAGGAUUGUUUUUAUGGCUGGACACCAGCUCACUGGGCCGCAUAUUUCGGCAAGCUUGCCUGCCUACAGAAACUGUCCUGCUUCAACCGACCCUACAACCUGAAGUGUGACAUGAGGAAUAGCAAGUUCCAACAGACACCAUCACAUCUUGCAGCUUAUGCUGGUCACCCCCAUUGCCUUCAGUGGUUGCUGCAGUCAAGUGCUGAAAUUAAUGCUCGGGACUAUCUUGGUGAAACCCCUCUUCAUAAAGCUGCCAGCACUGGUACUUUGGAUUGUGUCAGCUUACUGAUCUCUUAUCAAGCAUCCCUUGGCAUCAAAAAUAGUGAAGGUGAGACGGCAUGCAGUUUAGCCAGGAAAUCUGGCUUCUUGGAAUGUGCCCGCAACUUGGAAAUGGCUGCCAUUGGCUCCAGCAAUGAGAGCAGAAGAACAGUUCUUGAUGACAUGGAGGUGCAAAGCUCAAGAAAUUUACAUGAAAAGGCUCUGAGUGAUAUUCUCAUGGACAAGGAAGUCAAAAAGAACAGGAAAUUAGUUGGUGGUCGGAAGAGAACUCUAGAAGAUUUAGAUGAAGGAAUUUUCAAAUAUUUACGACAAGGGGAAUCGGAAAGGAAUACUCAAUCAUCAAACCAACAUCAAGCUUCCAGCAAUGAACUAAGCAUCCUAGAAUCCUUCGAAGCUGUCUUGUCUAUAUCGACUGAACCUCUGAACUAUGAUCCUCAGAAUUAUCCAUAUUUGAUGAACAGCCCUCCUGGUUCACAUCCUACCAGUGCCAGUGGCAUAUUCCUGUAGAGUAAGUUGUCUGCAGAUUUCAUUUUUUUAUU